AAGAUGGCGGCGGCAGCGGUGGACAACGCGAUGGAGGUGGUACCGGCGCUGGCGGAGGAGGCUGCGCCGGACGCGGCGGGCCUCAGCUGCCUCGUCAACCUGCCCGGAGAGGUGCUGGAGUACAUCCUGUGCAGCGGCUCCCUGACGGCCGCCGACAUCGGCCGCGUCUCCAGCACCUGCCGGCGGCUGCGCGAGCUGUGCCAGAGUAGCGGGAAGGUGUGGAAGGAGCAGUUCCGGGUGAGGUGGCCUUCCCUUAUGAAACACUACAGCCCCACCGACUACGUCAAUUGGUUGGAGGAGUAUAAAGUUCGGCAAAAAGCUGGGUUAGAAGCUCGCAAGAUUGUAGCCUCUUUCUCAAAGAGGUUCUUUUCAGAGCACGUCCCUUGUAACGGUUUCAGUGACAUUGAGAACCUUGAGGGACCAGAGAUAUUUUUUGAGGAUGAACUGGUGUGUAUCCUAAAUAUGGAAGGAAGAAAAGCUUUGACCUGGAAAUAUUACGCAAAAAAAAUUCUUUACUACCUACGACAGCAGAAAAUUUUAAAUAAUCUUAAGGCUUUUCUUCAGCAGCCUGAUGACUAUGAGUCGUAUCUUGAAGGUGCUGUAUAUAUUGACCAGUACUGCAAUCCUCUCUCCGACAUCAGCCUCAAAGACAUCCAGGCCCAGAUUGACAGCAUCGUAGAACUUGUUUGCAAAACACUGAGAGGCAUAAACAGUCGACACCCCAGUUUGGCCUUCAAGGCAGGUGAAUCCUCCAUGAUAAUGGAGAUAGAACUCCAGAGCCAGGUGUUGGAUGCUAUGAACUACGUCCUUUAUGAUCAACUCAAGUUCAAAGGGAAUCGGAUGGAUUACUAUAAUGCCCUCAACUUAUAUAUGCACCAGGUUUUGAUCCGCAGAACAGGAAUCCCAAUCAGCAUGUCUCUGCUCUAUUUGACCAUUGCCCGGCAACUGGGAGUGCCCCUGGAGCCCGUCAACUUCCCAAGUCACUUCUUGUUAAGGUGGUGCCAGGGUGCAGAGGGGGCGGCCCUGGACAUCUUUGACUACAUCUACAUAGAUGCUUUUGGGAAAGGCAAGCAACUGACGGUAAAGGAAUGUGAAUACUUGAUCGGCCAGCAUGUGACUGCAGCAUUAUACGGCGUGGUCAAUGUAAAGAAAGUGUUACAACGUAUGGUGGGAAACUUGUUAAGCCUGGGAAAGCGGGAAGGCAUUGAUCAGUCAUACCAGCUCUUGAGAGACUCGUUGGAUUUGUAUCUGGCAAUGUACCCGGACCAGGUACAACUUCUCCUCCUUCAAGCCAGGCUUUACUUCCACCUGGGAAUCUGGCCAGAAAAGGUGCUUGACAUCCUACAGCACAUCCAGACCCUCGACCCCGGGCAGCACGGGGCGGUGGGCUAUCUGGUGCAGCACACCUUAGAGCACAUUGAGCGCAAAAAGGAAGAGGUGGGAGUGGAGGUUAAGCUGCGUUCCGAUGAGAAGCACAGAGACGUCUGCUACUCCAUCGGACUCAUUAUGAAGCAUAAGAGAUACGGCUAUAACUGUGUCAUCUAUGGUUGGGACCCCACCUGCAUGAUGGGACAUGAAUGGAUUCGAAACAUGAACGUCCACAGCCUGCCCCAUGGCCAUCAUCAGCCUUUCUACAAUGUUCUUGUGGAGGAUGGUUCUUGUAGAUAUGCCGCCCAAGAAAUAAUGAGUCCCACAGAGAUUAUGGGGAUGGUCUUGGCCGCGUGCCUGGUGCUGGGUCUGCAGCCUGGGCCUCUGACUGCUGUGUGGUCAACUGAAUCAGGAUGGAUUUUAAUCCUAUUACCGGAGUCCUCAGAAAGAAAAAUCCACCAGAGAGGAGCUGGCAGCCAGAAAUCAACAGAACCAGGAGGGGAGAGGACAGGCAUCACCAUGUGGCCAGAAAGCCAAGAAACACCAAGGAUUGCCGAUCAGCAGGAAGCCCACCAACCCCGGGAGGAGGCAAGUCCCCCAGCCUCUGAAAACAUGAGCCAGGACCAGAAGGUGCCAGCCAAAAACAUUCAGAGGACCUCCUGUUGACUUCUUGGUUUCUCCAGUUGGCAGCUCAGUCAUAUCUAUAUGGGUUUGUUAUUUAUCAACUGCUAAGGUUUCCUCUGUGUGGGUUCGAUCUUCCACUAUCCUUUUAUUUAUUCACUGAAAUCUUCCAAGCACCAUUUACCACUCGUUACUCCCUUCAGUUUGGUCUCACCCUCCACUCACAGCUGGGGGUGGACAUGCUGCUGCAGAACAGAAGGGUUGGUUCUGGGUCUGAGCUGUGCAGCAAUCCCAAAGGAAGCCACGUGGGAGGGGGGCAGGAAUCUCCUGGCAGACUUAUGCACACAGUAAUGGAGACAAACAGAUGGUUCUAGGGUGAAGGAGGAUGAGGGGAGAUGGGUGGACAUUUUCCAGGUAGUUUCACUGUCUAGGCAAGGUUUGGUCUGCCUGGUCACCCACUGGGUCUAGGCUGCAAACAACCCAAGGCAAACAGCAUCACCAGCCUUAAAAACUCAUUCAGCUCCUGGCAUUGGGCAACCUACCAAGAGCACCUGGAGAGCCAGGAAGGAGUGAACCGCCACCCACGAUGCCCAGGUAUCCUGCCAGCUGGCCACACAGCUCCGACUAUGCUGUCCCCUCCAAGGAAUCUGUGUUCCCAUUUGAGAAUGCAAGCAAGGGAGGGUGGUAAUUUUCCAUUUUCCUUCACUGGGUGACUCAGAAGAAAGCAAAAUAUGUUCCCAGCUUGUUAUACUAGUUUGCUCAUUUCUCUCACUGAGCUGCACAGAUUGAAGGCUUGGAGAGACUUGUCUCCCCUCCCUCCAUCUCUUGGUCGUCCCACCUCUUGUUGCCUAUAAAUGCCACCUCCCUGCCUUUGUUUUAUUUUAAAUUAAGGUGCUAACACCCCUUGGCAAGCCUGUGAUGUGUGCGGUUAGGACGCUUGUAUGUGGGGUGUUUGGUGUUGCAUUGCUGCCCCUCUGGAAUGGCCAGGGAUCAACGGGGAAUACAGAAGGCUGGGAAGAGUCAUGUCAAGAAAGGCCAUGUCUUCCGAAAUAACUGUCUUCGAAAUGUCACUGGUAGACCAAACCUGGACUUCCUCAGCUCCAAUUCUUUGAGGAGAAGUUUUGUGGUGAAAACCUACAUACUAGGGAACCAGGGGCCUGAGGAGCCCCAGCUGGGGAGAACCAGCUCUCUCCUCAUGUCAGUCUUUGAGAAACCCAAUUCGUGUCCCCUCCACGAUGUAGAUCCAAGAACCAGCUGAACAAGAUUCAGCAAGAUAGAUGCAAGUGAGAUGACAGAACGUUCUAACUCAACAAAAGUCAAUGAAGAAAACUCAAAUGACCCUUUUCUGAGUGAGCUAGAGUGGGUGCUGGAACCUGCCAGGCCCACCUCCUCAGCAGAGUGACACAGCCACACCCCAAGAAUGGGAGUCCCUAAUAUAACAGCCCACAUUUGAGAAACUGCCAGGCCUUCUUCAAGGGGACUCUCCUGGAUGACAAGCUGGUUGAGUUCACACCGUGUUCUCUGUGGCCAACACCAGGCACUGUUUUCUUGACUGCUCCCAACAGCCUGUGGACGGCUGUGAUUACCCCCACCCCCCGAGGGGGCUCAGUGCUCUGGGCCAGGCCAACCCCUCCAUCUACACUUGCCUUCAGCAGGCGUGAAUCCUGCUUCUCUACAAGCCACAACUGGGGAAAGAGCAGCAAGACAGGCAGCCCUUACGGAGGAGCACAAACCUGAGGCCCAGGUGGUUUUAGUAAGGCCGCUUGGAGUAAUGUGUACGUAUUGGAACUUAAGCCAACUUUUGAUAAUUUUAAUAAGAUGGAAAAAGAUAACAAGAGCCCUUGGCGUCAGCAGCUUUUGAGCCUCUGCCCCGUGUCGAGUUCCAUGCUGCGUGCGUGGAGGAUAUGAGGGCAGCUAGGCAGGUAGCCGUGUUGGGCACAUAAUAAUCACAUCAUGUCACAUCUCUCAUGUCCUGCGAGCCCCAACUCGGUGCCAGUUGCUGCAAUCCAGCAUCUCUAAUGCUUACAGCAACCCAGAAAGGUAAGUGCUGUUAUCCCCCUGUUAGAGACGGGGAAAUGGGGGCCCAGAGAGAGGCAGUAAGCAGCUAGAGUCCCGUGGCUAAUGACCAUAACCCCCAACCUCUAUGGGUGUCCGACCCGUGGUGUCGGCAUCACGUGGGAAUUUGUUGGAAAUGCAGAUUCUUGGGGCUCAUCCUAAACCCCUUGAAUCAGGAAGUCCGGGCUAGAGCCCAGCAAUCUGCAUUUUUAACCACCUUCAGGUUUGGGAAGGACUGGCCGGUGACGUGUUUCAUGUAAAACUGAAGACUGAAAAUACUCAAUUGUCAAUGUGGGUUUGGGGUGUCCUUAAAAGGCUUUUGUAAAAGAAAGAGAAGCUUGUUCAGGGGCUGUUUAUUUGUUUAAUUAAUACUCUUUAUUACAAAACUGAAUUGAAUUGAAACACCUUUCCUUCCUUAUGAUUAUAUGUUCAAUUAUGAAUCUCACUAUUUUGCUUAUAAAUUGACUCUAUUUUGCUACCAAUUUAAAGAGGUUUUCUACAACUUGAUUAAAUUUCCUUGAAGAUUUUAAGUGCACUAAAGAAUUUAAUAUAUUUGAUUUUCUUUCCAAGCACUUUAUGAAACCACCCUAAGUGCUUCAUUAAUUGUUAGAACUUUUAAAGAUGGAAAAUCUGAAGUUUUCUAAGAGGGUAGAAUGCUGUUUACAAACAGUAAAUUUCUCUUAUAACUUGCAUCUUAAAAUCUGGCAAUCAUUGAUUGCUGAUUCAUUUAAACUUGGAAUGGCAAAGCCUUUCUUUUAGAUGAUGCCAAAUUCUCUUAAACAUUUCAAACACUUAAAAUACCAAAUAUAAUAGAUUACUUCCCAAUAUAACAAGGGACCACAAAAAUAAACUAAAUGAACCGUGGCUGUGCUCUCCCUCAUCAUUUCUACACUUAAUGCCCACUCUUCUGAGCCUUAGGAUCCUGCCUAGGGGGAAGACAUUGCCGCCUGCACAGCUGACUUCCCACCGAGUACAGAGUGCACCGCAUUGCUGUGUGGCCACGAAGGAGGAAUUGAGUGUUCCGGGGACCUCAGCUGAACCUAAUUAUCGUCUCUGUGCUGGUGGAGAUUCCAGAGGGCUGAGCGGUGCUGUCUUCCCGACUCCUUCCUGGGGCCAGCAAGUGGUCUCCAGGACCCCAGAGCCACUGGCCCUGCCACGAAUCCAGCCAAGUGCGGUGUUCAGUUGCAAAUGGGGAAAGAUGUGGAGACCACCUGAAUGAAGUCGCCAGCUGGUGCUUCGCCACACAAACAGCGGCAGCAGCUUGGGGGAACGUGGGGUUUCGCCCAGUUUAGCAACAGCUGCACGUGGAGACGCGCCCCUUCCUCCUGCGGGGGCGCUACCGAGCAGGAAAGCGGCGGAGCUGAUCCCCGGCGCGCGGCUCUACCUUGAGGAGCGCGGGGUUCUGGUCCAUCACGUCUCCCUUCCUCCCCCCACCUCGCUCUUGCUGAACACUGGCCACGUGAUUCGGCCUACGUGAUUCUGAAAAUCUAGUAGGAGCUUAACAGCUCAUCUUAAAAGUCAUCACACCUGCCUGUCAGAGAGCCCAAAGUGUUUACCUGCAUGCUGAGUCUUCAGGAAAGAACAAAGGGAGAUUAAUCCUAACGCCAGAGCACAGGAGCAACUUGCCCCAAGUCAUGCGGACAGGAGCUGCCGAUUCCUAGUGCUUCCUUUCAACCCAGGGUCCUCAAGGGUCCCCGAGGAGAGCAGCUCCGGACGCCUCUGGGAGGGAGGGGGGCUGCAACUCCCGUGAAGCCCAGGGGCAGCCCCCCGAGUGGAGUGAGGCGAGGAGAACCGACCGCAGCCCUGGAGAAGCAAUUAAGCCCUUGCUGCCCCUGAGCCCUUCCUGGGGGGCGCUGGCACCAACAGCAUCAAGGUUUGCUAUAUGGGGGUCGGUGAGCCACAUCUGGGGGCACAGCUGCCAAGCGGCUGACCUUAGCCCAAGGUCCCACAACCCAGCGCAGCACCCACGACUCAGGCUGGUAGGGAACUCACGCCUUCGGUUUGGUUAGAUGUGUGUCUCCACCCUUAAAAACACCAACACCCGGCCCCGAUCCCCAGAGAUUCUGAUUCCGUGGGUCUGAGGGUGCAGCCCGGCCCAGGCAGGCUUUACCCACAGCACCCCAAGAAGGUCCGAUUUGCAGCUGGGGGAGAGACAGUAGCUCUCAAACCCGACGGCAUGUUGAAAUCACCUGGGGGAUUAGAAUAAAAUCCAGGUGCCCCGACCCCUCCCACCCUCCACCUCUGCAGGGUCCCUUCGGGGCUGUGUGCAUGUCGCCUAGGCUUUGCAGCCGGCCACCCCCGAGACCCAGCCUGAAGAGAAAGAAGAUGCGUUUCCUGUUUUUAAGGCUGUGGAGUUCAAAGGCCAGGAGCCUGUUGGGACAGGCGUCUUCCUCAGGGCUCCCAUUGGCCAUGAUGACUUCUUCCUAUGCUUGUGAGACUGGAGAGGUGUCCCGGGUGAAAACAAGCCCCUGAGCUUCUCUGACUCCCAGACCAACAAAGUUGAGCUCCACGAACUGACCUAUUUUUAAUUCCUGACUUCAAAGCAGGCCCUUUGUCCAUAAGACUAACCUGUGUAAGCAAUGGGCAUCCACGGUUGUAUUUAGGAUCAUAAAAAGAACCUCAUGUCUACGCCGGCCACAUGGAAUGGAAGGGGGAGGAUUGAGUAGUUUCUGUGUCUCUGUUCCUAAAUUGUUCGUUAUCUCCAAGUGACUUUUUUUUUUUUCCCAACCGAUAAUCUUAAAUAAAUUACUUUCAGAAGACUAAGUAUUAUUUUUAAAUAUAUUUUUAAACCCUUAAAAAAUGCUGACACCAGAGUCCUCCCCAGAUACCCUGGGAGGCUGUUCUAAUUGGUCUGGGGUAUGGGUUGUACACCUGAAGUUUUAAACAGUGCCCAGGCUCUAACAAGUGGCGAAGUUUGAGAAUUGCUGUUCCAGAUCAUUCCACACCUGGACUCCCAGCCCCCCAACAAACAGGGCUGCUUCUUAUUUCUCAAGUCCUGCAGAGAAGACACUUUAGCCUCAUGUUGCUGCCGCUAAUCUUGAAGAAAUUCUUGAAGAAUUACUGUUCUCCGUUACUUCUGAACACCAAAGAAGGAAUCCAAGAAAUGGGCCCUCUGAUUCCCUCCAACGGUAGACAAACCCUCCGCGUGUGUGGCUUGAAGGCUGGCCGGUCCCAGCUUGCUGUGCAGAUGGACACAAGGAGGUGGGAACUUUGCUGUAAUGCACCCCCAGCCUCACCCCUGCUCUCCCAGAGGUUCUGGCUGACCAGCCCCCACCUGCACACGAUGGGACCUGAGCCUGCAAGUUCUCUCCAGGUGUUUGAGGGCAGCUCCAGGGGCAGCUCACCUGUGCCCUUACAUUCUGCCUGGGUCUCCCUGGUGCCUGGGAUUCCUGGUAGAGAUGUCUCUCCAUUGGACGCCCCUGCUGCUGGGCCCUCCCCACACGCGCUCUGCUGUCCCUGCUGACCAUGCAAGCCCACAGGUACCCCUGGUGCUGAGCUCACCCGUCUGCACCCCUCUCCCCACCCGGGGCUUGGACUGGGUCCCUGGGCACAAGCUAAGUUGCGGUCACUUGAUUGUCCUUCCAUCUCCUGCAGCAGACCCCCGAGCGCUUCUCUGCAGAUCCUCUCUCCCCUGUGCACAUCCCCUUUUGCAGGGAGACUCUGUGUGGCCACUGCCCACCACCCAAUCCCCAUUGAGACAUGGCCAGGAUCAGCAGCUGUCCUGGGAGCAAGAGUCCCUGAGCGAGCCAGACGACCAGACGCUUGCGGUGUGCCGGCCUUGGGAAGCACAUCAUGGAAGAGCUCUUGUACCCAUUUUGCAGAUGGAAACCAAGGAUUCCAGGGGUAAGUUCCCUUGCCUUAGGCCAGAUGCAGGAUCUGAACCCUGAUCUACUGGAUUGCAGCCCACCCUCUUCAAUGUGAGUGUCUAUAAAAGUCACCCCAGAAAUGCCGUGCCAGUAAAUCCCAGGAACCUGCAUAUUUAUGCAAAAACGCAGGAGAACCUGAUGGCCAGAGACCACCACCACCACCACCAUGCACACCCUGUUCUGAGUUCUCUGUUCCAGGCCAACCAGCCACGUCCUUAGUGUGUGACCUCUCUGAGCUUCUGUCUGCUCGGUGACAACGACAGUGGACUGUGCAGUCUGGAUUUCUCCAGCUAGGCUCCUGCCUGGUGGAGGGAGGGCUCCCACUCUCCAGGUUUAUCCCCCUCUACCACUGCCAGCCCCUCCUCCAGGUCAAGAAAAUUAACCCUGUCCAGGAUCUCCACCUGUCUCCAUGCAGUCUGGGACCCAGAAGCCCCCAAGACCUCUCCCCCCUCCACUACGCAGCCUGGAGUCUCUGGCAGAGGAAGCAGUGGCGCAGGCUCCGCUUCCCUUCGUUGCCCCCGGCAGCGAGCCCCAGGAGAGUCUGCAGAGACAGCUGCGAGUGGACAGCAGGAAGGAGCGAGCUGGCCCCCUCAGCAGAAGCAGGUCUGGAGUUUGCUGAGUCAGCGCGGUGGCGGGGCUGGGGGUGGCUCCCAGGUGCCCCCUUUCCCUCCGCUGCCACUGCCUGCCCGGGCUGGCCGAUGGGAGGUGCCUGCUCGCUGCCUCCCUUCCAAGUAAGCCCCAAAUUACCAACGACGCCUACUCUGAAUCCCAACUUGUACUUACAACUCCUCCCAGGCACUCCACUAGGCUCUUACUUGUACUGCAGUCGUCCCAGGAGGGAGGACACGACAGGGAAGGUGCGGAGAUGACCGUAGUGGACGGCAUCCGGCCAACAGGAUAUCCCGGGCGGGCCCGCGCUGUUCGCAGCCAGUGGCACCAUCUCUGGAGGCCACAGAGUCAGUGUUUGACCCCAGCCCCAGUGAACAUCGCAGCCUGAUCACUUACUAGCGCUAGGGUGAGGGCAGGCCUGGAGGCUGGACAGCCGGGGGGAUGGUCUGUCAUUGUGGACAAUGUGCCAGAGCCUGGAUUUUUCUCAUAGUCGCAGAGGAGGCCUGCUGGGAAGGAGUCUCCCCCUGCACCUGCAGGUGGGGUCUGGAUGGGCAGGUGGGGACGGUGAGGCCAGGGGAAGCCAACUUCAUGGUGCAAAGGGGCUUUCAACUCCUCCUGCACAGUCCUAGACCCCAGCCUGCUGCACGUUUCAUGUAAGGAUUCAGGGGAGUCCCUGAAGGGAUCUCAUGUUGGCCAGUCAGUCCCCUGUUCUCUGUUCCAGAAGUUUGGGGUAGCACAGGUGUCUUCAGGUGUGGUCCUUAGACCACCAGCCUCAGACUUCUGGACCAUCUUUUACCCAGGAAAUCCUGAGGCACAAAACCAUCUGAAAAUGGGUGGGCCAAGAGCUUUCCACGUGGCAUCAGUCCUCCAAGCCUCGGUUCCUCGUGCUUACGAUGGCGUGAGAAGACUGGCAUCCCGGCCUGGGGGCUGAGGAGUCACACGAUAAUAUAACAAAGUGUUUGGCACUCAGUAAAGGGCAACUCAGUAGCACAACUAAAUGGAGGUAAACUGAUUCAGCAAAUGGAAGAAGUGGCUCUUCCAUUUUCUUCCUUUUUUGCCAGCCAGGUACCCUUCGAUGGAGAUGAGCAUCUGCAAGAGGUAUCACUGGUUUGUGAGACAGGAGUCUGGCCCCCCAGGGUCGGUCGUGGCCUUACUGUGUGAAGGUGGGCCUCGGUUUCCACACAUACAACGUGGAAAUGAGAAAUGGCUUAGCCGUCUAUUUUCUGGCUGUGAGGGUUGGAUGGGGUCGUUUAAGGAAAGCCACGCAGGGACUGGCAUGCAGUAGGCCCUCACUAUUAACUAGUUCCUCACGCUCACUCCCGCAGCCCCUGGCUUUGCAGGUAGCAAUAUGUAUAGAAGGGAAAGCAAUACCCCUGUUGCUGCAUCUCUGUUUCUCAAAAUGCAGUCUUCAAAGGACCAUCUAGAGAAAUGAAAACCUAUAUCCACACCAAUGUUUGUUUCACCUCUUUCCUUCUAGACCACAUGAUCCCCGAUAUCAGGGACCCUCUUGUUGACUGAGGUGUCCAAACUCUUGGCACUCAGUAGUGAGUGAAUGAAUGAAUGAACAUUUGAAUAAAAAUAACACUCUACUGUGCAGGGGUGUUGCUGGAGCCAGUUAGUACUGACUUGCAAAUGCAAAUUGUGUUAAAUAUUCAGGAAUUUUGCAAGUCCAUUGUUAAACUUCUGGUAACUUGAAAUUGGCCAUGGAUAUUUACACCAGGGAAAUUGGCAAAUGCUACAAAUCAGGGCUUUUUUGGGGGUCCUUUUCAGAGCGUGGUUUACCAGCACACUACUUACUAUGCCAGGCACUGUUUCAAGCACUUUACAGAUAUGAAUCCAUAUCCAUCCCUCACAACCACCCUAUUAUCACUAUACAUAAUAAUA